AUGGCUGUACUUGGCUAUGCAGAGAUAGUUUUAGGACUACUCUGCUUCCUUUUUCUUCGCCAUUAUUGGAAGCACAACAAAAACUCACCACCCAUCAUCAACUGGCCUGUUGUUGGAAUGCUUCCGGGACUUCUUCAAAACGCAACACAUAUGUACGAUUGCACAACCCGAGCUCUAAAACUUUAUGGGGGCACCGUCGAGGUCAAAGGCCCUUGGUGUAUUGGCAUGGACUUUUUCUUCACCAGCGAUCCUCUGAAUGCUCACUACAUUUUGAGCAAAAACUUCCGCAACUACGAAAAAGGACCUGAAAUCCGAGAGAUUUUGCAGCCUUUAGGUGAUGGGAUAAUCAAUUCUGAUUCAGAUUGGUGGACAUUCCAGAGAAAGAUGUUGCAUUCGAUCAUGAAAAACAACAAGUUCGAGUUGUUUUCAUUGAAAGUUGUUCAACAAAAGGUGGUCAAUCGCCUCAUUCCAGUUCUCAAUCACGUCUCCAUAUCAAAGAUUGAAGUGGACUUACAAGAUGUUUUUAAGCGGUUCACAUUUGAUAACACUUGCUCAAUGGUUUUAGGGUUCGACACAAAAUCUCUUUCUGUUGAAUUUCCAAAACUUACGUACGAAAAGGCUUUCGAUGUAAUAGAAGAGGGUCUUGUAUACCGUCAAAUCCUGCCCCAAUGGUGUUGGAAGGUGCAAAGAUGGCUUCAAAUUGGACAAGAAAAGAAGCUCAGAAAAGCUUGCGAUAUCUUUGAUAGUUUCUUAAACCAACGCAUUGCAUCAAAGCGAGAAGAAUUAAGCCGAGACAGAACCCAGUUGGAGGAAGCUGAGUUCGACUUAUUAACAGCUUGUAUGAAGCAUGAGGAUAUUGUAAACAUGGGGGUUUGUAGUAAAUCCAACAACUUUAUAAGGGAUACGGCAUUUAAUUUCAUGGUAGCCGGGAGUGACACCAUGAGUGCAGCUCUAACUUGGUUUUUUUGGCAAAUUGCAACGCACCCAUCUGUGGAAAUGAAGAUUAUGAAGGAGAUGACAGAGAACCUUAUGGUGAAAGUUGAUAAGAAGUGGGAGUGUUUUGGUGUACAAGAGCUAGACACACUGGUUUAUCUCCAUGCAGCCUUAUGUGAAGCCCUACGUUUAUACCCAUCGGUGGCUUUUAACCCUAGAACUUCAGUUAGAGAAGACAUUCUUCCAAGUGGCCACCGUAUUAGACCCAAUACACCAAUUAUGGUUUCUCUUUAUGCAAUGGGAAGGAUGGAAGAAAUAUUGGGUGAAGAUUGCAUGCAGUACAAGCCAGAGAGAUGGAUUUCAGAGAAAGGAGGAUUAAAUUUUGUACCAUGUUACGAGACAGCGUUUAGUGGAAGCCCCAGGAGUUGUUUGGGAAAGGCCGUGGCUUUCAUUCAAUUGAAAACUAUUGCGACCUCCAUCAUAUGGAAUUAUCAUGUUGAAAUGGUUGCAGGUCAUUCCGUUUCCCCAUCUGUUUCUCCUAUACUUCUUAUGAAACAUGGUUUAAAGGUUAGGAUUACCAAAAGAAGUACUUGA